AUGGAGUUUGAAGAAGAUCUGAAAAUCGGAAUGGUGGUGUAUUCAGACGCUGAAGCUUUUCAGGUAUGCAAUGCUUAUGCUUUGAGGAAGGGGUUCAGUCUUCGUAAAGGGCAUAUUCGAAGAGAUAAAUCAAAUAAUGUUACGCAACGAGAUUUUUUGUGUUCCAAGGAAGGGUUUCCACUAUUUAAAGACUUAUGCAAUGACAACAUGGUUGAUAAACUAACUACACGAAAAGGUUGCAAGGCUUUAAUCAGAUUUUCAGUAAAUCAAGGUGUAUGGAAGAUUUCACAUGUUAAUUCAAUUCAUAAUCAUGAGCUUGCCAAGCCUGAAGAAAGACAAUUUCUAAGAUCAGGUAGAAAAAUACACGAUGCUCAUGCUGGGGUCAUUAGUUCUAUGGUGGAUGCAGACGAAAGCACCGAAUCAUUUGUUUGGUUAUUUAAGACAUUCUUAGAGUCGAUGGGCAAUAAACAACCAAAGACUAUUUUCACUGAUGAAGAUCAAGCAAUGGAAAAUGCUAUUGAGCAAGUGUUUACGGGGACACGGCAUCGGUUGUGUACUUGGCACAUCGCACAUAAUGCUACAAAAAAUAUUUCUAGCCUUUAUGCCAAUCCUGAGUUCAGAACACAUUUCAACAAGGUGUUUGGUGGUUGUCAAAGUGUACCAGAAUUUGAAGUUGCAUGGGAUUCCAUGACUAGUAAGUUCAACCUUCAAACUCAUCCAUGGCUUAAUAAGCUAUAUAACCUUCGUAAUAAGUGGUGUCCUGCUUUUAGCUUAGAUACUUUCUCUGCAAAUAUGAAAUCCACUCAAAGAGUUAAGAGUACAAAUAAUGUUUUCCAUCAAAUGUGUACAAAGACAACAAAUAUUAUUGAGUUUGUGCUUCACUAUGAGAAAAAGCUAGAAGACAUGCGUUUGAUAGAGUUACAAGAAGAUUUUCGCUGCAAACAAGGUAUGCCUCGUCUCAAAGUAAUUAGUGGAAUUUUAUGUCAUGCAGCUGAGGUGUACACCAAUAAAAUAUUCAAGUUCUUUGAAAUUGAGUACAUGAGUUGUUUGACAGUAAGGUUAAGAGAAGUUAGUAAUGAAGAAGGUGUUACUAUCUAUGAAGCAACCGAAGAAGGUCAUAAAAGAGUGAACACAAUUGAGUUUAUCUCUCAUACUUCCAUGGUUUCCUACUCAUGUAAAAUGUAUAAAGCUAAGGGCAUAUUGUGUCGUCAUGCUUUAAGGGUGUUUGAUUCGAAAUAUCUUACUAGUAUAGCGACCCAAUAUGUAUUAAAGAGAUGGACCAAAACGGUGAAAGAAGGGAUGCUUUUGAGUAGUGAUUUAGAUGAUUCAUCACCACAAGGAAAUCUGAAGUCUGCUCAAUCAUUACGUCUUAGUCAAUUGAUGCAUAAAGGAAAUAGUCUUUUUAGCUUAGCAUCAAUGAGUGAUUGGGGUGCUCACAUUGUUAGUGAAAAAUUAUCAGAGGCAAUGAAGUUGGUUGAAAAGGACAUAAAAGCAAAGAAAGCCACAGAUAAGGUUAAAAAGAAAAAUAGCCUAUCUACUUCCGGUGUUCAAGAUGAUGAUCAACAUAUAUUGGAUCCUCCAACAGUGAGAGCUAAAGGGGUAACCAAUAAGAGAUUGAAGAGUGCUUUGGAAAAAUCGAAGAAAGUGGCAAAAGUUAGAUAUACCUCAAAAAUGUCACCACCUAAUACUGUAGUUUCUGGUAAUACUCAUUCAAUAUGGUUAAUGGCAGUAGACAUCUUGGAUAACAUAACUUUAGCUCUUCAACUUCAAGAAUUCUUAGAAAAAUGCGCAGAUGCUAGAAACAUAGAGCUCAUGGAUUGA